AUGCCGAAGAAAGAGCACAAGGCCGAUGAGUUGGCCUUAGAUGGACUCGCGGCAAAGUUGGAGAAACAGAAGGAAAUCAGGAAGCGACUGUUGAAAACGGGCAGGUUGCUGGUUUGGGAAGAGCCGAAAAAGGUCGGCAUCAUCAAUUUCAAAUCCAUGCGGCCCAAUGCUUCAGUCCUCACGAUUUUGCUUCACCACUACCUUCACCCGGCCCCAGAGUUGAGAACGAUCAACGUGUUUGCAGCACGACGUGAGGCAGAGAUUGCUUUGAUGAGGGAGGACCUCGAGAUGCCGGCUGAUCCGGCAAAAGUCGUCUGUGAUGCAUCCUCCCUUCGGUGCUUUGUCACGUAUAUGAUUAAGCGCCACAACGGCGCCAAGCGAAGGGAUCCUGUGGUUCGGAAGCUCUUCGACGUCAUGAACCAUUACUUCCAGGUUCAGCCGAUGCCUGGUGAUGUGGCAGAUGAUGGCGAGGAAGGAGAGGAGGAGGAAUGCAAGGAGGAGGAUGUGGAAGUUGAUCCCGAGACUGGUGGUGAAGCCGAUGGGUUCUAUCGGGAUUUUGUCCCAGCGGACGAAAUGUUGGCGGGUGAUGCAGACCCUGACGAUCAGGAGCUCUACGAUAUGCUAUCUGGAGCUUUGGUGGCAGCCCCAGGUACCGGGUUGAGACAGAACGCGAUCGAGGCGAAGGACAAGAUCGAGUCGAAGGGUGCGAUCGAGACAAAGGACGUGAUCGAGUCGAAGGACGAGAUCGAGUCGAAGGGUGCGAUCGAGUCGAACGGCGCGAUCGAAACGAAGGACGCGACCAAGGGGGAGGACACGAUCGAGACGAAGGACGCGACCAAGGGGGAGGACACGAUCAAGGCGAAGGAUGAGAUCAAGGCGGAGGUCACGAGCAAGGCCGAGUGCGGGAUGCAGGUGGUCAUUGAUCUGGAGGCAGAGGCUCCUCCGCCUCCUCCUCUCCGCAAGAUUAAGAAUUUUCGCCUAGAACGUCUCGACCAGCUGCGGCAAGAGAUUGAGAAGCGAAGAAGGACUUUGGCUUGCGCGAGGCCGUCCACGGCAAAGCUUGAGGCAGUCCCUCUGCUGGACAUGGAGACGCAGCCCAUGGAUCUAGAGCCUGUUGCUCGUGAUCUUACGAAGCAGUUCCAGGCAGUGGCUGCAGAUGAGAGCCCGGAUGCAAAGGUCGUUGGUGAGCCAGACUCACAAUCGCGACCUGAGCCCGAGUUUGUGUGCGAUGCUAAGACGGUUGUAUCCAGCGAUGCUGCUCAGGGCGACUUAUUCCACUUGUCGGAUUCCGGGUUGAGCCGCAAGGACCAGUUCGAAGCCAAGGCCAAAUCAGCGAGCAAAGGCGGUGUGUCCGGCCCCGAGAAGAAGCCGAAUCCUGAAGAUGCCCCAGCAGAGACCGGCGAGGUUCCGAGCUUGGGUGCGGAGCAAUCUGCUCCGAAGCGGAAGCGGGCGGCUGAGGAAGGAGAGUCUUCUACUGGCGACGACCAGCAGGAGGCCAAGCAGGAGGCUGUCACCAAGCCGAAAGCUUCUGCCAAGACCAAGGCGAAAGCUUCUGCCAAGACCAAGGCGAAAGCUUCUGCCAAGAGCAAGGUGAAAGCCCCUGCCGAGGACGAAGGGGUAGCUCCCUCUGAGCCGGCUGCCGAGGCAUCGGACCAGAAGGAGCCCGAGGAGGGAGCUGAGGGCAAAAAGACGUUUGCCAGCAGGCCGUGUCCUACGCGCGAGGCGUUUGCGAAGCAGAGGUGGACCUGCAUCCGGGACUCCUUCGAGCUUUACGUGGCCAAUCAUCUGAGAUUCCGUUCCAAAGCCGAGGAUGCCUACUGGAAGCAUUGCCUUGAGGCCUUGUCUGAAGAGAUCAAGGUACUGCUGGGAAUGAGCCGCCUUCCAGCUGGCCUCCGAGUGUACGCGAAGUACGGCUUUUACAGUUCGGUAGUGAACCUACCAUUGCCCGAGCCGGGGGAACCGGCGGAAGCUAGCAUGCGCCAUGGAUGGUAUGACCUUUCCGAGAAGUAUAUCCGGGUACUGACGAACCUGGAUUUCAUUUGUCUGGUCAUGUGCCUCAUGAAGCUGGCAAUUCUCGAGGAGCUUGAUUUCUAUGAUGUUUUGGAUUUCUUCGCAGGCAAAGCCAGGACCUAUCCCGCGAAAUUUGCAGCACAAGUCGUUCGUGGUCGAAGGCACCUCUUGGCGGAAAAUCCAACCAUCCGGGCACCACUACAGUAUUCUGGCCUCCUAGAGUUCCUGAACAGUAUUGCGAUCGGUGACAAUUGGAACGAUGCUGAGCUUUGGUGCCCUCUCACAUACGUGUAUGGAAGCAAACACUUGCACUUGCCUCCAGAGUUGAAGCAGGAGCUCAAGCAGGAGAUUGCAGAUCAGGCCGAGCCGCUUUCCGAAGCAACUCUGGACGAGCUGAAUGACGACGAGCUCCAAAUCCUCUUCUGGGCCCAGGCAACUGCGGGAGAUGCUAGUGGUCUGAAGGCUGUGAAGCCAGAGGUUUGUCACGAAGAGCCUACCACCGAAACGGCUGGAGUCCCAAGAUGCACAUCGUACUCCAGCACCUACACCCCAAGCUUCCUUACCAAGCACUCCGGCACCUACACCCCAAGCUUCCUUACCAAGCACUCCGGCACCUACGCCCGAAGCUUCCUUACCAAGCGCUCCGGCACCUACACCCCAAGCUUCUUUAGCAAGCCCUGCCAGCACAACUGCGGAAGCUGCUUCUGGUGCAACCCAGAAGCCGAGGCGGCUUCGGACUGCUACACACACGCUAGUGCCAAAGCCAAACUUUCCGCAGAAGCCGUGAAGCAACGAAUGCGACGAAUCUUCACCCCGCGAGCUGACGGUUCCUACCUCGUGGCUGCUGACUUUGUGAAGCAGUGGGCUGACAAGAGUCCUGGAGGGGGCAGAGAUCGGCUUAUGGGAUUGUUCGAGAAAACAUCCUAUCACCGGGAGCAGUUUCUCAAGCGAUGCAAAGCUAUCGCCGAAGAAGUGGAGGAAGAAUCCUUCGAGAUAGAGGGUGAGUUUCUUACGCUCGAGGACAUGGACAACUUGAAUUUCAGUGAGAGCAAAAAAGCAGGAAUCGUCGCAUACUGCUCCUCCCGGCCUUCCUUGGUGAGGCAGAGCAAGUACGGAGAAGGAGAAAUGUAUUGGACUGAUGUCCGCAUCAAGGGGAAACUCUCGAUACUCAUCUACACAGUGGUGAAGACGAAGCGCAAGAUCUACCAGGAGAUGAUGGAUUGGGAGGAAGAUGCAUCCUCAAAGAAUGACGUGCUAGACAAGCACAAAUUCGACAAUUGGGGCCUCUCCAAUCCCGACAGCGGUGCUUUCAAGGAGCUCUUGGAUGUGGAACCCGAGGACGCGAAAGCCAGCGAUGGUCAGCUGGCUGUCGAUCAGGGAAGCGUGGCCAAAAAGGUCAGUUGGCCCGAGCUCGCGAAGGAUGCUAGCCCGAGCAGUCUUCUACACCCGUGCAUGAAGUGCAUACAGCGGCAUGAGAAGAAGAUCGACACCUUGUUGCAACGGUUUUCCAAUGUCGACCCCGCAACAUUGACACCUCUGCAACAGCAGCUGAAGGCAAAGCUGAACAAGGUGCAAGGAGACCUCACGGCAUCGGUGGAUAGCAUCGAGACGAAGAUCAAGGAGGGUUUGACUAGGUGCAGUCGGCAGCUAAAGAUGAACAAGGACAUCAAAGUGUGUGGGGUGAUGCUUAUGCUGAAACUUCUUGUGCUGAGGGUGGUUGAUGCUUUGCUUCUGCACGAUCGUGUGAAGCGAGAGCCCGAGUGCCAUGCGCCGGCCGAGACGAGCGAAUCGGCAUGCCCAAAGGGGAACAGGUCCAUGCAUUUCGUAUUCCACAAGGAAUCAAAUUUGUCCAUUCAAGUUGUGCUCAUGGCUUGGAUGGUGACAGGGGCCAUCGUUCGCAAAGGCAAAAAAGUAAGUACUGUCGACGACACUUCUUCGGAAAGCGAUGUUCUGCUGGAGCAUCUGGCAGAAACGAUGGGGGAUGGGGUCUUGUCCUCGGGCCCUCCAAAGGUAAAUGCAAAUGCGAAAAGUGCCUUCGUGAUCGCAGCGAUCUCCCAUUCGCCGUUUUUGCUGUAUGGGCUAGCGGGAUGGCAGUCCAAGAGCCAUCCAGAAGUGGCGGAGGCUAUGUACAAACUUUUGGCUUCGGACCUGCAUGAGCUUUUCCAUACGGGAGUCGAGGUGCCAGGUCGAGGUCUGGUGUACGGGGCCGUGAUUGCUUGCAAGGGUGACAUGGAUUGGCACAAGAAGGUUAUGAAUUUGACACGCCAUGCCGAGUUGAUGAGUCUAAUGGUCCAAACCAUCGAAGAAGAGCGCGCUCGCCUUGAGCAGGUGAAGGAGGCUCAGAAGCGCGAUCGCCUUAAAGGCGCCUGGCAGCUGCUCGUGAAGCACGUGCUCUUGGACUUGUACGUGGAACAGCGCUACGGAAGCGCGGGCCCUUCGUAG